CUAGAAACAAUAAACAGUUCCGCUGAAUGUCUCAAACAGAUUCAUUUGGAACAGAACUACAGGUGUUAUUAUUAGUUUCCUUCGACAAACGGAGCACCAUAGAACCAAAAUAACACAUCACGGAGUUUUAUUGCAGAAAGUGCUGACGGAAGGUAGUUCGAUCUGUAGAGUCGAUAGCUUCAAACAAAGAAGGAUAAUAUUAGAGCUUUUAAAGAAGUUAACGUCCAGAGGAGCCAUGAUGAAUUGACCGUCAGCGCUCUGUCGGCUUCAGGAGGCUCAACAGUAAGGGCGACAUUACGAAAACAUUAAAGCGACCGGGAGAAGUUAAGCCUUUUCAUUGGAAACCAUGCUUCAGUUUUUGGGACUACGGAAGGACGCCAAGAAGUCAACAUCUGACAAGGAAGCGGAUGGAGGCUUCGUCAUUGUUGUGUUUUUUCCUGCAGGAGAGACGACUGACGAACGAAGGCAGAGGGUUAAGACUGUAAACACUGGACAGCCCUCAACAAAUGUCAUAGUCCAGCCAUCAAAGUUACCCCAUCCAGCUCCAUCUCAAACAGCUGAUGCAAAUCCACCUCCAGUUUUACCUGAUGUGGGACCAUCAGGCGGCCUUCAGUCUGCGGAAGUCACUUCAGCGCUGCCGGAUCUACUCGGAGACGUCCCCUUCACGUUAGCUCCUCAUGUCCUGGCCAUGCAGGCCGGGUCCAGCGUGGUCCCAGAUGUCCUGCUGUCCAGAGACGUAAACUACAACCUGGCUAGUUUCCAGUAUGACUUCACCUUAGAAAAUUCUGUCCUCCACAACAGUUAGUCUGUUUGGGUUUUGACAUCAUUAGGAGCUCCAAGUCUAGAGAAGUGGGCCCAUUGGCUGAUUUUGACAGUUCACAAUUAAACUAAUCAAAAGAAAAAGGAAACUGAUUAAACAGUUGCAGAGAACCGUAUAGCUUUACCAUUCUCUAGUUGGCUCCUUUUUAUCUUCUUUUUUAAUCUGAAAUGGGAAAUAAUUGAUUCAGGUUUCACACCAUGUUACUGGACAGUUUCUUUCAACAGUUAAGUUACCUGUAGCUCAGUGAAGAAUAAUGUAUCAUUUGUGUCAGUACUGCUGUCUGUCAUUUGUUCCAGAAAAAGUCCCAUUUUGACCCCAGAUUUGACCCCAACUCAUGUUUAGCUGUAUGACAGUCUGAUUAUUGGUCCUGUUGUUACCAAUAUCCUUGUCAGGAUAAGUUACCGGAAAUGUUACAAGAAAUGAGUUCAAGGUUGUGUUUGUAUGUAGGUUAAUUUUUAAGAAUCGAGUGAAUCAUAUUGGUGUGAAAGCUUUACUAAUCUUCUGACACCAUCUACAUCUGUGACUUAGAAAUACUGUAAACAGACAAACGGCUCAGAACCAGCCUUUUGUCCACAUCUUUGAACUGUGAAGAUCAAAACUAUCAGAGCUUAGCUGCAGUUAGAUUUGCUUAAAAAUAAUCACUAUUAAUGAUGUUUCAAAAUGUAUUUGUAAAUAGAUUCAUUUACCUAGGUAACAGAGAUAAUAAACUGAAAAAAACAAACAAAAAAACAAAUGUAUAAAUGGUUAUAUAUUGAAAAAAUUGGUAAACAUUUUGUCAAACAAAUUGCUAGUAACAAAAACCUUACAUUUACAGUGACAAACAUAGUAAAAUGAAGGUUUGUUUCCCACUACUGUCUUCACCCCUUUUUUAUUGCUCUCAAUAAGCAUUUUUUCCUUCUGUUCCAUAAUUUUCCAUAAUUUGGAGCCAUUUGCUAGUUUGUCUGUGUAUUUUUCUAGUAUAUUUUUAUGGCCUGCCUAUUUUUAAUAGAGGGGAGUCAAAUACACAAGCUAUUAGUUCAAAUUUGAUUUAUUAGGCAUGUGUUAUCCCUGCAAAAUCUGCAUGUAGUGGAGGCCCACAGUGGAACAAUAUCACGAUUUGAUCCCGCCUCACAUCUCAGCACUUUUAACUUCAAGGUUCUUCUGCUUAAACUAUUUUUUUGAGAUCCUUUUAAUUGCUAGGCAAUUUCAUUUAAAGCAGAGAUGCACUAUACAACUUUUUUAGUCUUCCUCUUUGUAAUGUUAUUUGCAAAUGAAAAACAAUAGGGGAAGCAAAUGUGCAAUACAUAAAAAUGAGGCUUUAAUAACAGUUGUGGCUAAUUUACCAUGAGGAGUAAAAGGCAUGGCUAAUCACCUGCUUAAAUGUGUGGUUUUUCCAAUGCGCUGAGCACCAAGUGGAUCUGUUUGUGUCGUUUCUACCUGAGUAUUCACACUUGUUUGAAUCAAUCAUGAAUUUCAAGGUACACGCUAAGAUACCAACCUUGUGUUCCUCAGUUAGAAACACUGUAGAUGUAAUGAUGAUGUAAUUUUUUUUCUUUGCCUUUGUUGUGUUUAGCGCUGUUUUCUAGUUGAUGUUCUACAUUUAGCCAUUGUUACUAAGCUUUUUUAAAAAUUACUCCUCUACCACCUGUGCCUUUAUCAUACAGACUACCCAAUAAAGUCUUUUUCAUAUAUCA